AUGGGCCCUCCAUUACUAAAGAUUGUAAGUUUGAUAGUCAGUACCAUAUCAGAACCUGCUGCUAGCUUGCUAAAACUUAUGAUCAGAAACCAAAAACUUAUGCAUGGCUUUUUUGUGCAGAUUGGAAACAAAGCAAAUAGCUUUGAGGCUAGAUUAAACUAUAAAACAGCACAUCCUAACUAGAGAUUGAAACAUGCAAAGAUUGAAAUUCCAGGGAUCAACGAUGAAGAUGCUUUUGUUAAAGGUGUAGAUUACUUCAUUGAAGUUAUCCUAUUCUAUGGAUUCUUGGGCAUUUGGAGUAUCUAUGAGAUUAGGAAAAUGAUAAAUAAUGCAAAGAGAGCUUAGAUUAAGGCAGAGAAAGUCAAACAGAAAAGUAAAUAGUAAAAGCAGGAAAUAGCAUAGCUUAAAAAUGACAUAGACUUACUGAAAGAAGAUAUGAAUCAAAUGAGAGAUGAAUUAAGAUCAUUAAAAGUUAGUACAUGA